CGCAUGCAUACACACACACAGACCUGUGAGCCCCGCUGUGGACCGAGGGCAGAGCAGGAGCCAUCUCAGUCAUUACCUUGUUCUCAGCAUCACUUGGCCCAGGGCUGGGCAUAGCGUGUGCAUCUUGGAAUGAACGAACAGAGGGAUGUUUUUGAACAACUAUGCUGAGCGCUUCAGAGGGAGCCAGCCACAGGUCAGAUUCCAUCUCCACCUGCUGAUCGACUUGCCUCUCUCCUUGAGCCUCAGCUUUCUCAUUCCAUGAAACAGAAAGUUACGCAUGGUGGAUAUGGGAUGAGGUAUUGGGACAAGGUAUUACCGACCUCCUUGCCUGGCCCAAGGGGGAUUGCUCAAUCCGAGGCUGCUGUGACUGUUGUUUUUGCUGUUAUAAUUACUGCCUUGCUACUGACAGGGAAGAAGAGAUGUAAAGGGGUCAAGGGAGGAGUCUUGAGAAACCCUAGGAAGUUCCUCAGUCACCCUGGAAAACUGGUUCAACCAGCUUCUGUGCAGAUCAUCCUUCAUCUGAAGGAGCACAGGUGAGGCCUUGAGCCUAUGGAAAAGGGGUGCCAGGCUGGGCCAGCCUCAGCCAUGUCUCAGAAGCACCCCGGGAUUCCCACUGAGCGGGCUCACUUCGGAUAGCCAGGGGCCCACCCUCGGGCCCCCUCGGCGUCCAGUAGGUGGCCCCUUGGCAUCUCCAUAGGACACCAAGAUGGAGAUUCCUGCUGGGUCCCAGCACGCCUUCCCCAAGAGCCUCCUUCUCUCAGCCUCCAUCCUGGCCCUCUGGGUCCCCCAAGGCUCCUGGGCAGCCCUGCGCAUCCAGAAGAUUCCGGAGCAGCCUCAAAUGAACCAGGACCUUCUCCUGUCUGUCCAGGGCAUCCCAAACACCUUCCAGGACUUCAGCUGGUACCUGGGGGAGGAGGCCAAUGGCGGCACGAUGUUAUUCACCUACAUCCCCAAGCUACUACGACCCCAGAGGGAUGGCAGCGCCAUGAAUCAGCGAGACAUUGUUGGCUUCUCCAAUGGCUCCAUGCUGCUGCGUCACGCCCAGCCCAAAGACAGCGGCACCUAUCAGGUAGCUGUCGCCAUCAACCCUUCCUGGACCAUGCGGGCCAAGACUGAGGUGCAGGUGGCCGAAAAGCCUAAGGAGCUGCCCGUUACCAACCUGCCUGUGAGUGCUGGGAUUGUGGCUGCUAUCGUCAUUGGAUCUCUUGCCACUGGGUGUCUGUUCGUCGGCACCAUUGCCUAUCUCCUGGUGACAAGAGGCUGGAGGGCUCAGAACCACAGGAUAACAGCCACAGAGAAACCAGAGCUGGGCCCCAGUCAUCGUGCUGGUGAUGACAGCAUCUAUGAAGCAAUACCAUCGCCAGUCCUCCUGGUGUCCCCUUGUGACACGGGGCCCAUGAGCACUGCCACGCCGCCAGACCUGCCUCUGCCCCCGCCCCCACCCCCACCGCCCCCACUGCCGCAGCCUGAGAACCACCCCUACCAGGAUCUGCUGAACCCCGACCCUGCCCCGUACUGCCAGCUGGUGCCCGCGCCCUGAAGGGGUCCCAGGUGAGGCCAGCCAAGGAGAGGAGACGCGUCAGACUCCCCCCCGCGCCUUGAACCCGCAGAAAAGCCUCCGCAGAGACGCAGCACGACUGGGGCCCCGAGGCUGUAAGGUCGACAAGAUGGACGCGGCCGUGGCUUAGGCAGCACAGCAGGAUGGUGACGGGCCUAGCUCCUCACCCCGCAGCGAGCGAACAGCACGCCCUGAGGUCUGGCCCUCCAGCAACCUGGCCUGGGCCCAUGCCUGGGAAAAGCAGGCUCUUGCUACCCCCGCUCCACUCCAAAGCCCCCAGAGGGUGGUCUCAGGCCUGCUUCCAGCCAGACUGCACAAGCCCCUGCUUGGCCGGGCUCCCUCUUCUCAACCCACAGCGCCCCACCCAGCUCUGUUGACCUCCCUAGAAGCCCCUUCCCCUGGGCUCCCCACCACACGUGCCCCAGAGCACAAGACACAUGACUGCAAGCUCCGGCUUCACGAACCUGUGGCCCCAGAGGACAGUCCAGGCCAGUUUCCAUGGCCGCCGGGGCCCCUUCCCUGUCCAGGCAGAUCCAG